CCACGGAAGAAAAUUGAAUGGGGAUUACCGUUUCCUUUUCUGGAUUGCCCCAAUCUACGUGUCACAGUUCAAACACUCCCAACUUGUCCUCUCAAUCCACCAUGGCAUCUCGCAUAAACAUUAACCGCGUUCCCCAGAGCUACACGCCCACCUACGACAUUCCUAAACAACGCUCGUAUGCCCAGGACACCUCGUCGUUUCAGGAUGACCCAGUUACCCAGAUCCGCUCUGUCGCAUCGAAAAUUGAGGACUUCGCGGAUAUUUACUCCCAGCCUCUUCGGCCAUACCUGCCUUCCAUUGGACGUUUCUUGAUUGUUGUUACUUUCUUGGAGGAUGCCCUUCGCAUCGUCACACAGUGGGGCGACCAGAUUUGGUACCUGCAGCGCCAUCGCUCAUUUCCAUGGGGAAUAAGCCAUUUCUUUCUUCUGGUUAACAUCAUUACCAUGCUUGGGUCUUCUGGUGCAAUUAUUGCCCAAAGGUACACGGAAAUUGCAGUUGGAGGUCUCCUGGGGGUUGUGAUUAUACAGGGAUUCGGAUACGGCCUCAUUUUUGACCUCAACUUCUUCCUGCGCAACCUCUCAGUCAUCGGGGGGCUCCUAAUGGUGUUCAGCGAAUCGAUGACUAGGCGUAAGGCCCACUUUGCUGGUAUUCCUUCCCUCACUGAGAACGACAGGAGACAAUACUUCCAACUGACAGGCCGCGUAUUGCUCAUAUUCUUAUUCAUUGGCUUUAUUCUGCAGGGUCAAUGGUCCAUUGGAAGGGUUUUCGUUUCAAUUUUUGGACUGGCUGCGUGUGGAAUGGUUGCAGUCGGAUUUAAAGCGAAGUGGGCGUCUGCUUUUCUCGUCAUCUUGCUCUCAAUCUUCAACGUGGUCAUCAACAACUGGUGGAGCAUACAUUCCGCUCACCCUCAACGUGACUUCCUCAAAUACGAUUUCUUCCAAACACUCUCGAUUGUUGGCGGAUUGUUGCUCCUGGUUACCCAAGGCCCCGGUGGCUUUUCGGUUGACGAGAAGAAAAAGGAGUAUUGAACUCUGUGUCGGCUUACGUUAACCUCGGGCUUAAUGGCGAUGCGGUGUUGAUAUGAUCCAUCAAUUU